GUGAGUGUGGUUUCACACUUUAGAAUUUAUACUAUUCUCUUUUUCUUGCAGUGUGAGACCAGACUGGGGAAGGAUGAAGAGCUGAUAAAACAAAAGCCCCAAGGCAGCUAAAGGCCAAGUUCUAUAGAGACGUGCGGCUGAACCUACAGAUCAUGGAAAUUCACAUUUCCUUACAGAGGAUAUUUCUCCUGGCUGCUAUUCAAGCUUGGUUCCCAGGCUCAGAGUCUCAGGAUCUCCUCGCUUCUCUCCCGGAGUCCAUCCCAGCACUGAGGGGAUCCUGUGUGGAGAUCCCCUGCACUUUCCCCAGGGUGCCUGCAGGCUUCCAUCUGAUUUGGUGCAGGGAUCAAGCUGGAACUGACCCCAUAAUCUUUAAUAACAAAAACCCAUUGGAUAUACAUGGAGCAUUCAGAGGCCGAACGUUCCUGGUGGGGAAGGAGUCAAACAGCUGCUCCCUGAGGAUUGAUGAUGUGAGAGACAGUGAAACGUAUUAUCCGUGUAUAAAUGGGAAUUUUAACUGUAAUGCGCUCAGAGGAUUUAAUAAAGUCCGGGUUCAGGUCUCAGAUACCCCAGAGAAACCAGUACUAACGCUGCCCCCCAGUCUGACUGAAGGUACCCCUGCCCGUAUCACCUGCUCUGUGCGACACACCUGUACCCACAAUCCCCCUGUGCUCCUGUGGAACAAAGUCGGCUUUAAUAGAACAGAGCGGAACGAAAAACUUGAGGGAGGAGUCUGGAGAUUUGUACAUGAAAUGGAUUAUAUUCCCACCUAUCAGGAUCACGGCUCUCCCAUUGUAUGUGAAUCUAUAUAUCGCUCAGGGCAAGUCUCACAGGAAACAGCCACCUUAGAUAUCACAUAUCCUCCCAAACAAGUUACAGUUACUAAACUUGAUGAAGAGAAGGAAAUAAAAGAAGGAGAAGAAGUGACUUUACAAUGUACCAGCGAUGCCAACCCUCCCGCUAAUAACUAUACCUGGUACCGCAUUAAUAAUGAGGGAGAGGAGGAGCUAAAGGGACACGGGGAGGAGAUAACUGUGACUAUAAACUGGGAGAAUGUGAUGUUUUCCUGCUCUGCAAGGAACUGGCUGGGGAAUAAUGAUUCUUCCAUAAUGGAUCUGCGCCUGUUCUUUAAUGCCAAAGUGAUCCAAAUGGGAGGACAAGACACCAGAGAAGGAGAAGUCCUGGACCUUGAAUGCGUCUUCUUACUGCCUAAUUCGUCAUCAACCCAGUACAGCUGGUAUAGGAAUGGAGCUUCCUUAAAUAAUGAGACACAAAGGACACUGAGAAUAUAUGAUAUUAAGGAAUCUGAUUCUGGGAAUUACAGCUGUAAGGUGCACACCCCAAAUGGAAACUUCUCUGCCCUGUCACUUACUGUUACAGUCACACGUAACAGUGUCAGUAUCAGCGACCCCAUCCCCAGCAUCAUCAUCAUCAUCAUCCCUCUGCUGAGUGGUUCCUUGCUUCUACUGCUGAUUUUGUGCUGUAUUUGUCGAAGAAAACGCCAAUGUUCUGCUUGUAACCCAAGAAGCAAUAACUUGUCAUCAGAGGUCUGUGAAGCUACCUACAUGAACUUAGGGCAGAGAGACUUAUCUGCAGAAUAUUCUGAAUUAAAGGGUGCCGAGACUACAGACAGUCCCUACACCGCACUACAGAAGCCCAACACUGACACAUAUGAUGAAAUCAAGCCCCCACAUGGUCGGCACAACAACAACCUUGGGAAGGUAGUGUCCAAAUAGUCCAAAAGUGUGCAUUGCGAACAAGAGUCUGUUGAAGCAGCGCUGAAUAUAUAGUGGCUGAUUUAGUAAAAUUAGUUUUUAUGGUACAAAUUUGAAUUAAAGUCGAUCAUUGCUGUAUUUAUAAAAUGUCACAAAUGCUGUUAUGUUGUGAUGCGGUACCAAAAUGUCAAGUUUACAUUCGAAAAUCUCUAAAUUAAAAAAAAAUUCAGUUUAAAUGGA